AGCUGCUAUGAAUCUUACGGAAACCCAUUUUCCCAAUGCGUCAAGGCGAAUGAGGCCAUCACUCGAAGCCAGGUCGGAGCGACAGGAGAAGUUGAGACAUUCUGCGACACAUACUCUUUCGCAGGUCCGGCUGCGGCGAUCUCGCGGAACUCCAAGGCAACAUUCAAGAGUUCUUCGGCGGCACGUUUGGAGCCAAGUACUUCUUCGAGCACCGAAUGAGGCAACGCUCGGUGAGCGUCUUCGACAGCUGUGAUGGACAGCACACGCUCGUGCAACUGUCUCAAGGGAAGGAGAGCGAGCCGCGCUAGGGCCUGCCGACGCAAAUGGCUCGCGAAGCCGUUUCGAGGGAGUGGCCCCUUCCUCCGGAGGUAUUGGAAGGGGCCUUCCAUUUGCGGCUAUGAGCGGGAUAUCUCAUGGAGGAGCUGGUUGUGUGUAUCAGAUGCAGCGAGUUGUUCAGGUGCCUGCUGUACCGAGACACCAAACAUGAGGAGCUCAAGGAUGCUAAUUCGCACCUCGCUGUCUAGCAGAUAUACACUCUUUGCUCUACGUCCUGGAAGAAUCUUCCCGCCGCAGCAAAUGAGAAAUACAAGCGCAUGCUUGCGUCAUAGUCUUCCAUUUAUAUCACUAACCUGCUCUCCGUAAUGUUGUUUUGGAGCUCGUCAUCCCUCUAUUCAAAGACUUAAGGAGACCCCAUAAUUA